CUACAAACAACUGGAUUAUAAAAAGCCAAAAAAAAGGUAAAUAAUAUAAAAAUACAUAAAUUAUUCACCAUAGCCACAAGUGGCUAACAACACGAAAGAGGUUAAAAGGGCCAAAAAAAGCAAAAGAUAAAACCAAAAACAAAAAAUUAAGCCGAAAAAAACAAAAAACACCAAGAAGAAAGGCCGAUAACGGCAUCCACACGGUGGGUGUUGGGUGGCGUCUUACGGUCAAAGCAAUUAUUUUUACGCACACUGCAUUUAUUAUAGUGCAGAUAUUUUCAUGGGUGACGAAAAACCAGUGGAUCCAAAUCCAAAUCCAAACCCAAACCCAAAACCGGAUCCGAACCCGGUUCAGGAAUCUCCAUCUGCAGCUGCGCCUUUGGAGCCAGAGAAAGAGGCCGCCAUGGCACGAGCUCCUCCAUCGUUAGGCACAAAUCCUUCAUGGUUCACUCCUAAAAGGUUGCUUGGGAUCUUCUGUGUAAUCAACUUAAUAAAUUACAUAGAUCGAGGAACUAUAGCAAGUAACGGUGUAAAUGGGAGACGCAGAACAUGCUCCGCUAAUAGCACUUGCUCAUCUGGUAGUGGAAUUCAGGGUGAUUUUAACCUGAGUAACUUUGAGGAUGGAGUUAUAUCAUCUGCUUUCAUGGUCGGGCUCCUAGUGGCAUCUCCUAUAUUUGCAUCUUCGGCCAAGAGUGUCAAUCCUUUUAGACUGAUUGGAGUUGGUUUGACGAGAACAGCAUGGCUGGGAGCAUUCUACAUGUGUAUACCGACUGGUAUUGCUGUGGGAUAUGUUUAUGGUGGUGUGAUGGGUAAGUUUGGUUGGCGUUGGGCAUUCUGGGUGGAGGCACUUUUGAUGCUCCCUUUUGCGGUUUUAGGCUUUGUGAUGAAACCAUUGCAGUUGAAAGGUUUUGGCCCCGUUGGAUCUAGAAAAGCAUUGGCAACGGUGGAUGAUGGCUCAGAAGAUCAAGGUGGUGAAAUAUCCAGAGCAGAAGUUGUUGCAGAUGGAAGUUCAAAGCCUUUGAGGUCAGGAGCUUUGACAGUAUUCGGCAAAGAUAUGAAAGCUCUCUUAGUCGAUAGGAUUUAUUUGGUGAAUGUUUUUGGUUACAUUGCAUAUAAUUUCGUCAUAGGUGCCUAUUCCUAUUGGGGACCUAAGGCGGGUUACAACAUAUAUCACAUGAGCAAUGCUGAUUAUAUGUUUGGAGGUGUCACAGCAGCCUGUGGAAUAUUAGGCUCACUAGCCGGUGGUUUUAUUCUCGACCGAAUGACUUCAACAAUAUCUAAUGCUUUCAAGCUUCUAUCGUUGGCCACAUUUUCUGGAGCUGUAUUUUGCUUUGCUGCAUUUUGCUUUAAGAGCCUAUACGCGUUUUUGGCUCUUUUUGCAAUAGGAGAGCUGCUCGUAUUUGCUACCCAGGCCCCGGUCAAUUUUGUUUGCCUGCACUGUGUUAAGCCGAGUCUCAGACCAUUAUCAAUGGCGAUAUCAACUGUUUCGAUUCACAUAUUUGGUGAUGUGCCCUCAUCUCCACUUGUUGGGCUUCUCCAGGAUCGAAUAAACAAUUGGAGGGCCACCGCUUUAAUUUUAACUUCGAUUCUAUUUGUGGCGGCCGCAAUAUGGUUUAUUGGGGUUUUUCUUCAUAGUGUGGAUAGAUAUAACGAGGAUAGCGAGCAUCAAGUUACUUUGGUCGACAAAUCCAAUGCGACUCCAUUGCUGGCCGAGAAGACUACAGAAACUGCGUAGUUUUCCUUGCAAAUCAUUGGAAUCGGGCUUUCUUCUAACACGCAUUUUAUGUAAAUUCCUUGGCUCGAUUUUUCGUCAAUCUGUAAAUAGUGGUUGUUCUUUUAUUUAAUCAGGGGAAAAAACAUGUUCUUCCUGCUGAUAUUUUCCAUAAGAGUUUUGUUGACUGAUUUGAAUUGAAGUUUGUACUUUGUAGUAGAGUGAACUGCUCUACUUACCUUUUUCUUGAAGUCUUUGAUGGUUUAUUUAUAUAAGUUUUUUUCUUGCUUUUUUAUUGCACUAUGGGUUUCUUGUAUGAUUC